AUGGAGCCCCACAUGGAGAGCGCGCUCCGUCAAGGGUUGACGGAGCCGGAGCGGAGGGAGGUGGAGGGCGUGGUGGAGGAGCACCACACAUUCCCUGGGUGCACCAGCGGGACGUGCACAUCACUGGUCACACAACGCGUGCAGGCACCUCUCGCCGCCGUGUGGGACAUCGUGCGCGGCUUCGCCAAUCCGCAGUGCUACAAGCACUUCAUCAAGUCCUGUGCUCUCGCCGCCGGCGACGGCGCCACCGUGGGCAGCGUCCGCGAGGUCACCGUCGUCUCCGGCCUCCCCGCCUCCACCAGCACCGAGCCCCAUGGAGGUCGAGCUCUUGAAUCUAUUCCUCUUCCCAUUUGUGUUGCCUUCUUCUCCAGGGCGAUGGUCCGGCAUAUGACCGUCGUUUUGAUGGCUACAUGUCCAUGA